AGGGUAUUGCUAACCCUAACCAUCAGGGACCAAAUCGCUGGGAUUGUAAAAAAUAAAAAAAAUAUCAUUCUGCUCCCCCUUUUUCUUUCAGUCUUUCCCUCAGUUUAUCUCUGUGAGACGGAGCAGCAGCACAGCUUUACGAACCAACGAAGCACCCAGCAGCAAGCAGCGAGGCAAGCAGAAUGCAAGGAAUCUAUCCCCUUGUCUCAGACAAACAGCACAACUAAGAGCGAGAGAGCGAGAGGGAGAGAGAGGGAGAGAGAGCGAGAGAGAGCGAGAGGGAGGGAGAGAGAGCGAGAGAGAGAGAGAGGGAGAGAGAGAGCGAGAGAGAGAGAGAGGGAGACCGAGAGAGCGAGAGGGAGGGAGAGAGAGCGAGAGGGAGGGAGAGAGAGCGAGAGGGAGGGAGAGAGAGCGAGAGGGAGAGAGAGAGCGAGAGGGAGAGAGAGAGUGAGAGGGAGAGAGAGAGCGAGAGAGAGCGAGCGAGAGAGAGAGCGAGAGAGAGAGAGAGAGGGAGACCGAGAGAGAGAGAGGGAGACCGAGAGAGAGAGAGACAACACAGGAGAAGAUUUAAAGGGCUGCUGUUGCUGCAGCUGUGAAAGAAGGUUCCUGUUCUGCUGAAACCCCAGGUGUUCUGCUACCCUACCCUCUGAUACCCCAGGUGUUCUGCUACCCUACCCUGUGAUACCCUCUGCCUGUUGUGACUGUCCCUGUCACCUCAUUCCCUGGGAGAGAGAGAGAGAGGAAGAAGGACAGAGAGAGAAACGACACGAAAGAUUUAAAGAGCUGCUGGUGUAGAAGACGAGAUACUGUCCUUCCCUGUCCUCUCCUGUCCUCUCCUGUCCUCUCCUGUCCUCUCCUGUCCUCUCCUGUCCUGCUGCCUGCCUAGAGCCUGAAGCUGAGAGUCUGAGGGCCAUGGUGAAGAUGUCUGGAGCUGACCUGGUACCUGGAGCGUUGCUACCCUGCCUCUGCACCCUGCUCUGCCUGAACCUGCUGCUCCUCCCUGGGACCGUCGAGCCGGGGGUACCCCUGGAGGACUUCUACCCCUUUGGUCAGGACUCGGGGGACUCUCAGACCAUCUCCCAGGACGAUGGCGGCUCGGGGCUGGUGGAGAUCUCUGUUUCAUUCCCCUUCUUCGGUGACAGGCACUCUGGACUCUACGUAAACAACAAUGGCCUGGUCUCGUUCCUCAGAGAGGUGUCUCAGUUCACACCUGUAUCGUUUCCCAUCGCCGGAGACCGGAGGGUUGUGGCGCCGUUCUGGGCUGACGUGGACAACAGGCGGGCGGGGCAGGUCUUUUACAGAGAGAGUAAAGACCCGUCUGUCCUCCUGAGGGCCACGGCUGACGUCAGACGACACUUCUCUGAGUUCCCAGAGUUCAGUGCGACGUGGAUCCUCAUCUCAACGUGGCACAAAGUCACCUUCUUUGGAGGAAGUGACAUCACACCGGUGAAUUCGUUCCAGGUCAUACUGAUCACCAACGGAGAGGUAUCCUUCACCAUCUUCCAGUAUCAUGAGAUCACCUGGACCACAGGCAUGCACGCCAGCAGUGGAGGAGACCUGGCAGGGCUAGGAGGCAUCGCUGCACAGGCAGGUUUUAACGCUGGCGACGGGAAACGCUACUUCAACAUCCCGGGGUCUCGUACUGAUGAUGUCGUGGAUGUGGAGGGAACCACCAACGUGGGUCACCCCGGGAGAUGGGUGUUCCGGAUCGACAAUGCCCAGGUGGAGGUGGGCGGAUGCAACCACUCCGCGUCGGUGUGUCCACACCUUCGACCCUGUCUGAACGGAGGUCGCUGUAUAGACGACUGCAUCACCGGCAACCCUUCCUUCACCUGCUCUUGUCUGGCUGGCUUCACAGGACCGCGGUGCCAGAUAGAUGUAGAGGAGUGCUCGUCAUCUCCAUGUCAGAACGGAGGUACCUGCUCAGACCAGGUUAACGGCUUCAUCUGCCAGUGUCCACCUGGGUUUACAGGGACAGUCUGCCAAACAGAUGUAGAGGAGUGCUCGUCAUCUCCAUGUCAGAACGGAGGUACCUGCUCAGACCAGUUUAACGGCUUCAUCUGCCAGUGUCCACCUGGGUUUACAGGGACAGUCUGCCAAACAGAUCUAGAUCACUGUGUUUCCCAGCCUUGUCUGAAUGGAGGGGACUGUCGAGACCAGGUGAAUGGUUAUACCUGCGCCUGUCCUGCUGCCUUCACCGGGACACACUGUGAGACAGAGUUGGCGGUGGUCCGUGUGAAUUCAUCAUCUACUCCUCGAACUGAAAAUCGAACAGUGUCCUGUGAGGGGGAGGGCUGUGACAAACACCAGCUCUGUGAACACACCGGCUCUGGGAGCUUCAACUGCACAUGUACCCAAGGAUUCUAUGGUGACAACUGUGAAGAGGAGUGUCUGUGCCAGAAUGGUGGCAUCUGCGUGGAAGUGAAUGGGACCUGUGACUGCUCCUCCGGCUUCACUGGACUCUACUGUCAGUUUGAGGUGACCCAGACCCCAUGCAGCAACAGCAGGCCGUGUCCUGAUGGAGGACCCUGUCUGGAGUACGGAGGAACCUACCUGUGUACCUGUCAGACAGGUGUGGCAGACCUAGAUCACAGGGACUUCUAUCCUCCCUAUGUACAGCCUCGAUCGGUCUGUGAUUCGUCUCCGUGUCUGAACGGAGGUCAGUGCUAUGAGAGAGAUGGAGGCUACACCUGCGAGUGCAAGCAUGGAUACAGAGGGAAGCACUGUGAGAAAGUCAGACUCAAUACCUGUGCAUCUGGCCUGUGUCGUAACGGAGGCUCCUGUAAAGAGGAGGCAGGGAGCUACCUGUGUGUCUGUCCAUACAGGUUCACUGGAAAACACUGUGAAGUGGGGAGGCCAGACCCGUGCUCCUCCAGCCCCUGUCUGAACGGAGGAACAUGUUUCCACUACAUCGGGAAGUACAAGUGUGAAUGUUCCGGAUCCUUCAGCGGGAGACACUGUGACAUCAGCAGGGGGUCAGCACACUCCACAGCAGACCUGGACUGUGGUCCCCCUCUGCAGGUGAAGCAUGCAGAGCUCCAGUUCUCCUCUACGUUGCCAGGCUCCAUGGCGCUGUACGUGUGCCACCCAGGAUACACCCCCAUGCCCAGGGCCACCCAGAGCAUCUGUGGGGGGCAGGGGGCCUGGAGCCAACCUCCUGUCUGCCAGGAGAUCAACGAGUGUUUGUCCCAGCCUUGUCUGAAUGGAGGGACAUGUCGGGACAGGGUGGCGACCUACCAGUGUGCAUGUGACCAAGGCUUCAGUGGAAACCACUGCCAGACAGAUGUGGAUGAGUGUGUGUCGGAGCCCUGUAAGCACGGAGGAGCCUGUGAGGAUCUGCCUGGGUCCUACUCCUGUCACUGCCAGCAGGGUUUCAUGGGACGAGACUGUGAAAUAGACGUUGUGUCUCCAGAGCAGGACGGGUGUGAGUCCAGCCCCUGUCUGAACGGCGGCGUGUGUCGUGGCUACAGGCGAAACCACCUGUGUGUCUGUAAAGAAGGUUUCUUCGGGGAUCGUUGCCAGUCGUUGGACAAUCCCUGUGUACUGCAGCCGUGUGGGAACAGAGGUCUCUGCCAGAGCAACAGGAGAGGGAACUACAGCUGUACUUGCAGAGUGGGACACACAGGCAAGGACUGUGAGAGAGACCUGUUGCCUCCCUCUGGUCUGCAUGUCUUACGGGUGGAGGAGGAUGAGGUGGAGCUGCACUGGGACCUGCCGGCCCCUUCCUCUCAGAGCCUGUUCAGUGGCUUCGCUGUGACCUACGCCCCUCUGGGUCUCCCGGGCCGUGGCAGCGGAACCAGGAAGACCGACUUCCUGGACAAGAAGCAGUCCACCUAUCAGCUGCAGGGCCUGGUGCCCGGCCUGCUGUACAACAUCUCUACGUUCUCAGUGAAACGAAACACCAACAGCAACGACAUCAGCCAGCCAGCCAUCGCUCUCAUACGCACCCGGCCACGGCGGGUGGACCAGCUGCAGGUCGUCAACGUAUCGUCCUCCCAGGUAUGGCUGAGGUGGCUGCUGCAGGCUGCUCAUCACGCAGCUGUCAGCCAGGUGCGCCUCUCCCUGGUCCCCUCAGACGACAGUGGAUCUCGCACCGCCCUGGUAAACACCAGCACCACGGAGUACGCAUUCAGUUCUCUGCUCCCCGGUCAGAUGUACACGGUGGACGUUCUAACUCAGAGUGGUAUCAGACCAGACGAGUCGCCCUCCACCAGUCACUCUGCUGGACCGCUGCAAGUCUGGACACGGCCCCUCCCCCCUCAGAACCUGUCUUUGGCACAUGUGACCUCCAACUCUGCCCUGGUGACGUGGGACCACCAUCCCAGGAACCUGCCAGACGGCUUCGUGGUCAAUGUGACGCGAGGCCUGAGCACCCGGAGUCGCUUCCUACCCAAUGGGAAGUUAGAGACGUAUACCCUGAGAGAGCUUUCUCCGGGACAGCACUACCACCUUGCUCUCACGGCUGUUAGGAACACGGGACAGGAACAGAUUCACAGCGUACCACAGCACCUGGCCUUCACCACAUUAUCGAUGGAGGAACGAUGGGGAGGGAGGACGAGGGGGAGACCGUCUGUCGUUGGCCAGGGAACCCCUGUGAGUCAUACACUAGCCCCGUCUGAACCUCAGGACCUGGGGGUGGCUGGAGAGAGAGAGCUCUCUGAAGAGAUGCCCAGAUACACAGAGCUGAUUGAUGGUAGAGGGAAGAUAACAGCUAAGUUCUCCAAACUGCCCAGAAAGGCCAUCAGACACCGCACUAAACCCGAGCCCCCCAUUCAGCUAGAGAGGAUGGAGGAGACAACUAAUAAAAUCAGCCUUGCACUAGAGAUCCAGAGGAAGGAGGAAGAGGAGGAGUCCAAGAGAAAACCUGAGUCGUCCCAGGACUGCCGGAGUCUGCCCUGCCUGAACGGGGGUACGUGUGCGAAGGGCGGCGACUCCUACAUCUGCGACUGCGUAGCCGGGUUCAAGGGCAGGCAGUGUGAGCUGUUCUGCCAGCGAGUGCCCCACCCGUGUACCCGCCUCUACUCUGAAACCAAGAGCGUGCCCGUCUGGGUGGGUGAAGUCUGCCAUUACCUGUAUAAAAUAACGUAUAAAGUUCAGCAGGAUAUUUGCUAUCGAGAGAUCUGUGGACCACCACUGCUUCCCAAGAAAAGCCCCAACAGAAGAACUAACAGACAACAUUAAUGAAAGCUAAUCUUGGAUGACCCAUGUUGACCCAGAGAUUGGCCUAUUGGAUGACCCAUGUUGACCCAUGUUACCCGGAGAUUGGCCUAUUGGAUGACCCAUGUUGACCCAUGUUACCCAGAGAUUGGCCUAUUGGAUGACCCAUGUUGACCCAUGUUGACCCAGAGAUUGGCCUAUUGGUUGACCCAUGUUACCCAGAGAUUGACCUAUUGGAUGACCCAUGUUGCCCAGAGAUUGGCCUAUUGGUUGACCCAUGUUACCCAGAGAUUGACCUAUUGGAUGACCCAUGUUGACCCAUGUUGCCCAGAGAUUGACCUAUUGGAUGACCCAUGUUGCCCAGAGAUUGGCCUAUUGGUUGACCCAUGUUACCCAGAGAUUGGUCUAUUGGUUGACCCAUGUUGACCCAUGUUGCCCAGAGAUUGACCUAUUGGUUGACCCAGAGAUUGGCCUGUUGGAUGACCCAUGUUGACCCAUGUUGCCCAGAGAUUGACCUAUUGGUUGACCCAGAGAUUGGCCUGUUGAAUGACCCAUGUUGACCCAUGUUGCCCAGAGAUUGACCUAUUGGUUGACCCAGAGAUUGGCCUGUUGGAUGACCCAUGUUGCCCAGAGAUUGGCCUGUUGUAGCCACAGCUUGAAUGAGGAUUUGGAGGAAGCUAACAAGUGGAACAUGAUUGACCCCUACAACCAUCAAUGAGAUUUGGCCCCAGAAUCAUCAAUAAUUUCUAACUAUUCUAUGUCAUAUUUUUUUAAACAGAAUUUUCACUCAUGACGGAUGACAAAUGUACCAUAAACAGUUCACACCUGUGUAAAAUCAAAACAUUAUACAUACCUCAUGUCUCGCAUACAGUGGGGCACAUAGUCAGCCACCAAUUGUGCAAGUUCUCCCACUUAAAAAGAUGAGAGAGGCCUGUAAUUUUCAUCAUAGGUACACUUCAUCUAUGACAGACAAAAUGAGAAUAAAAAAUCCAGAAAAACACAUUGUAGGAUUUUUAAUAAAUUUAUUUGCAAUGUGAUUUUCUGGAUUUUUUUUCUUCUCAUUUUGUCUGUCAUAGUUGAAGUGUAGCUAUGAUGAAAAUUACAGGCCUCUCUCAUCUUUUUAAGUGGGAGAACUUGCACAAUUGGUGGCUGAUUAAAUACUUUUUGCCCCACUGUAUUGGUAGUUUAGUCCCUCUGCUCAGGGAAAUGUGUAUAUUGUCUGUUUCCUCACAAACAACCCUAUUUUAAAAUCUGUAUCGAUUGAUUUAACAAUAAAUGUAACUGUUUUACCUCUUAGCCAAAAAACAUGUUCAGUAAUCAGUACUGGAAAAUAAGUGCCUGUCUUUGUGUCUUUCAACUCUAAACCAACAUCACUGCUAGCUAUCAUGUAAAUAGUGUUUAUAGGCUGUUUUGUAGGUGAAUAUUUUAAUAAUUAAAAUGUUAAAAUGUUA